AUGGCGUGCCGCGGAUUUCUUCAGUGCUUGUUGAAGCUCUUCAACCUCGCUCUCGCGCUCGUCGGCGUUCUACUCCUCGUCUUUUCCAUUUCCCGUCUCCUCCGUCUAGAUCCCGACAUCUUCCCCCCUCCAGCACCCCCUCCGCUCCUUCCCCCGUCGCCACCUCCCCUCGCUCCCCCUUCUUCUCCCCCUCCCCCUCUUCACUCCCCCCCUCCUCCGCGUCACUCCCCCCCUCCGCCUCUCCACUCUCCGCCUCCCCCUCCGCAAUCUCCGCCACCGUCUCCGCCUCCCCCUCCGCAAUCUCCGCCACCGUCUCCGCCUGCUCCCGCGCCGGGUCCCGCUUCUGCAAACGGCCUGAUUUCCGAAGAGACGAUCCUGCAGAGCGUUACGUCAAGGCAGGUCGCGGAAGAUUCCGCCAAGGCAGCGACAUUCGCGGCCACGCGAAAACUCGCCGCGGCGUCGGGUGCGACGCGAGGCGUAUCGCUUCUCGAGAUCGACGCCGCACAUGACGGCGCGAGCAGCGCAGCAGGUUCUUCGGUCGUUGCAGCUCUCCCGCAAGUCGAGCUACCCCGAUUCUGGUUCAUCUACCUCAUGAUUGGAGUGGGUGCGUUUCUCACGCUUGUGACUUUAGUGGGUGCCAUUGCCGCGGAGACCAACAGCACGUUCUGUCUCGCCUUUUAUCAGUUCGGUCUGUGUCUGCUGAUAUUGUUCGAGUGUGUUGCAUCAGCCCUCAUUUGGCUUGAGGACGUGCCUGUCGACCCUACAGGCGAGUACGACAAGUAUCAGCGUUACGUCCUGGCGAACCCAGACAGAAGCAGGCUGGCAAUGGCUGGCCUUGUGCUCAUUGAGGUGGCAGCGCUGCUGGUCGCAAUGAUGCUACGUGCAGCACAGGACGACGCGAGCCAGGCAGAGGAUGACGACGAUUAUAUCACAGGAGGCACGGGCCGAGGAAUUGGAGGAGCGGGAAUAGGAAUCGGAGGAGGAGGAGGAGGUGGAGGGCAGGGUAGGCUGCGUCAACCACUUGUGUAUCGUGGCACUUACCCCUCUGUUCCUGCUUAUCCUACUGCCGUAGGGGCUGGGGUGGGAGGAGCGGUGGGGAGUGCUGGAGCAGGAUUGGGAGGCGUGUAUCAUGGUGCAGGGGCUUCGGGAGUGGUGGGAGGCGGUGUAGGGGCGGCGGGGCAGACACAUGUGCCGCUGACUGAUGCUUGGCGACAGAGACUGCUGGAGAAGUAUGGUUUGGAUGCGCAUGAUUUCAACUACGGUCCACCUCCAGGCCAUUCCCAAGCCGCUGCCCCUCCCCCAUCUACCCCUCGCUCCUCAGGGUGCUCCAUAAUCGUGCGCAAUCGAGAGCAGUACAUUUGUUCCCUGCUGCGCGGGCUGAAGCUCAUCUGGGCCGCGGAACCUGCGCUGGGACAUUCGAUGGAGGGACAUCCGGAGACUAACGAGCGUGUGGUGGGAGUGAUGAAGGAACUGCAGGACUCUGGACUCACAGAGCAGGGGCGUCCUGGCGAGUUGCUGCAUCUGUCAUCUUUCCUCCCCGCCACCCCUCUCGACAUUUCUGCAGUUCACAGUCCCAAGUACAUGCGUGCAUUUGAACAGUCCAUGGAAGCAGCAGCAGACGAAGGACUUGUGUUUCUAGAUGGCUCUGGACCGACGUUUGCCACUAUCACAACCUACAGUGACACGUUAAGCGCAUGUGGUGCAGGCCUCACACUCAUCGAUGCUCUCGUAGAAGCAGAGAAGAUCAAUCCUUCUGCCCCUCCACCAGCAGGGUUCGCUCUGGUCCGCCCCCCUGGCCACCACGCAGUGCAUGCAGGCGCCAUGGGCUUCUGUCUCGUGGACCACGUCGCUGUGGCAGCGCGGUACGCGCAGAGCAAGGGGCUCAGGCGCGUGUUCAUCCUCGAUUUCGACGUGCACCACGGCAACGGCACGCACGACCUGUUCUACAAUGAUCCAGACGUGUUCUUCAUGUCCACGCACCAGGAGGGGACCUAUCCUGGCACGGGUCGGUUGGAUGAGGUGGGGCAAGGGGCAGGCGAGGGCACGACAAUAAACGUUCCGCUGCCCGGAGGGGCGGGAGAUCUUGCCAUGGCAGCCGUUGUGGAUCGGCUUGUAGCACCAGCUGUAGCACGGUUCAAGCCAGAUAUUAUUCUGGUGUCUGCUGGAUAUGACGCCCACUAUCUAGAUCCCCUGGCAUCUCUUCAAUUCCGCACCUCCACGUACCACCGUCUAGGCCAACAACUUACGCAACUCGCCCGACAAUACUGUAACGGCCGCUUAGUAUUCUUCCUUGAGGGCGGUUACAAUGUGAAGGCACUUGCUGGGUCUGUAGCUGACACCGUUAGGGGAGUUAUUGGGGAUGAUGCUAUGGCGUCUGAGGGUUUAGAUGUAGAUGAGGCAAUCUACGAGGAGCCUGAAAGCAGGGUGGAGGAUGUGAUUGAGCAUUGUCGUAGCAUUCACUCGCUUCCGGCGGGGUCGAUGCCGAGCAACGACGUGGUGAUGGAUCAAGUGAAGCAGCAGCUCGCGCAACAGUACGCCGAGGAGUUCUUCGCGGUUGUGAGAGACAAGUGUUUCGCCAAGUGCAUUCCCAAGCCAGGCUCCUCUAUAAGCAGCAGCGAGAGCACGUGUGUCACGCGAUGCGUGGAGCGGUACAUUGAGGCCACAGGGAUUGUGUCCAAAGCGGUGCUGCAGCUUGGGCAACGGUGA